CCGCCACUUGCCACGUCCUAUACCCGAAACGACGGGCGGAUAUAGCGAGAAAAAAAAAUCAGGAGAUCGACUCACCUGGAAGCAGCGCUAAUCUCUAUCUUGUGUACAAUGUCGAUGGGGGGGAAGGUUGCCGUAUGCUUUCCUCUUGGACAAGGAAAUUCGCUCAUCCUUGGACUACCCCUUUCAAACCUCACCAUGCUCAUCAUUGCUGUUCUUGGCGUUUUCGGCCCCCAGUGUAUCGAGAACCCCUCUCCCUAGCCAGGGUCCCGCGGCAGAUGGUUUGGCAAGCCGUGUUGAUUU